AUGAGUGUGACCAAAAUUACUGCCCAUAAUGACUUUAACGAAUAUAAGAAGUGUUACGAAUCGAACCUGUAUACUAAAAACGUCAACGAGGUUUGCUCAAAAGAAUUAGAAAAAGCCAUAGGAACUACAACAAGCAUAAUUUCUAGGGAAUGCAUGGCCCAAACAGAAAAUUUAUAUAAAUGCUUCAAACAUUCAUUUCGUCUAAGUUUUUGUGAUAAGGAUGUUAUAGAAAAACUGAAAACUUGCCAAUCGAAUGUUUACAAACUAAUAACAUCUUAA